AUGCUUUCUGUCGGCGUCCUUCCCGCACGACGAGGCUCCAAGCUGGGGAAGACGCCGACUCUGCUGCUGGUGGCGCAGAGCGCGCCGGGCGUGCAGGACUCUCCUGCAAUGCGCCACCGCUGGAGUGCCGCUCAGCUCCGGUGCUUGGACGUGUCUGCAGCAACAGGAGAGAGGAAGGGAGGAGUUCCUGCUUUGGUGAUGCUGCUGCGAGAGCUAUUUUGGUUUAUGUGUGGGCAAAUUUGUUGA